AAACGUGUGUCCUGCCAGGAUAAAAACAAGGAAAAAGAAAAAAAAAAAGGCAAUGUUUGGGCUUCAAAGUCCUUGAACUCUCUCUUUGCAAGUGGCAACCGAAGAAUCCAAACAAAGCUCGAUUUGCUUAAUCGGGGCAAACGGGCGGGUUUCCGGCUACUCCUGAGAAUUUUCGGUUUUGGUUUGAACUUUUUUAGGUUUUAAUAAUUCGAACAUCGUUGCCGUUUAUUGCCUAGUUAAAAAGGUUGAAGAAACACCAAACCCAAAAAUUUGAUACAUCACUGUCGUUUGGGUUGCAGAGAAGCACAGUUCUGGAAACAUCUCUCCAGAUAUAGGGCUUGGGUCACAGAAAAAUUUGAUCUUGCAGCAUAAAAAAACAAGGUAACACCAUAUGGCCGAUAAAUACAAUAUUGAAGCUGCAGAAAUACUUGCAAACGAGGCACUGCGUUUGCCAAUUUCAGAGGCAGUGCCGAUAUAUGAGCAACUUCUGUCCACGUUUCCUACGGCGGCAAAAUACUGGAAGCAAUAUGUGGAAGCACACAUGGCUGUAAAUAAUUAUGAUGCUAUUAAACAAAUAUUUAGCCGUUGUCUAUUGAGCUGUCUGCAAAUUCCUCUUUGGCGAUGCUAUAUCCGUUUCAUCAGGAAAGUCAAUGAGAUGAAGGGGAUAGAGGGUCAUGAAGAGACUAGGAAAGCUUUUGAUUUCAUGCUCAGCUAUGUUGGAGCAGACAUUGCAUCGGGGCCUGUGUGGAUGGAGUACAUCACCUUUUUAAAGUCAUUGCCGGCUCAAAACACACAAGAAGAGUCGCAACGGAUGACUGCUGUAAGAAAAGCAUACCAAAAGGCUAUAGUUACUCCUACACAUCAUGUUGAACAGCUUUGGAAGGACUACGAAAAUUUUGAAAAUUCUGUCAGCCGUGCCCUGGCAAAAGGAUUAUUAUCUGAUUAUCAACCAAAAUAUAAUAGCGCAAGGGCUGUCUAUAGAGAGCUGAAGAAAUAUGUUGAUGAAAUUGAUUGGAAUAUGCUUGCUGUGCCACCAUCAGGCUCCUGCAAGGAAGAAGUGCAAUGGAUGGCAUGGAAAAGGUUAUUAGCCUUUGAAGAAGGAAACCCUCAGAGGAUAGACAGCACCUCUUCUAACAAAAGAGUUGCAUUCACAUAUGAACAGUGUCUCAUGUAUUUCUAUCACUAUCCUGAUAUAUGGUAUGACUACGCCACAUGGCAUGCAAAAAGUGGUUCAAUAGACGCUGCAAUCAAAGUAUUCCAGCGAGCUUUGAAAGCUCUUCCUGAUUCGGAAAUGCUGAAAUAUGCUUAUGCGGAGUUGGAGGAAUCUCGUGGAGCAAUUCAGCCUGCUAAGAAAAUAUAUGAAAGCCUUUUAGGGGAUGGUGUCAAUGCAACAGCACUAUCACAUAUACAAUUUAUUCGCUUUCUUAGAAGAACUGAAGGAGUUGAGGCAGCUCGCAAGUACUUCGUAGAUGCACGCAAAUCUCCAAACUGCACUUACCAUGUUUAUGUUGCUUAUGCCAUGAUGGCUUUCUGUCUUGACAAGGAUCCAAAGAUAGCGCACAAUGUUUUUGAAGCAGGGUUGAAACGGUUCAUGCACGAGCCUGGGUACAUUCUUGAAUAUGCAGAUUUUCUGUCUCGUCUGAAUGAUGAUAGAAAUAUUCGGGCUUUAUUUGAACGUGCAUUGAGCUUGCUCCCGCCAAAGGAAUCCGUAGAGGUUUGGAAAAGAUUCACCCAUUUUGAGCAAACAUAUGGAGAUCUUGCGAGCAUGUUGAAGGUUGAGCAAAGAAGGAAAGAGGCUCUUUCUAGAAGUGGUGAAGAGGGAGCAUCAGCGUUAGAGAGUUCCCUUCAAGAUGUGGUAUCACGUUAUAGUUUCAUGGAUCUUUGGCCUUGCUCAUCCAAGGAUUUAGAUCAUUUGGCCCGACAAGAGUGGCUCUCUAAAAACAUUGAUAAGAAAGUUGAGAACCCUGCUCAAACUAUUGGGGCUGGCUUUAUAGAUAAAGGUCUUUCAGCACUUGAAACCAAUUCAAAUCCCUCAGUAAAAGUUAUUUAUCCAGAUACUUCAAGGAUGUUGAUUUAUGAUCCAAGGCAAAAGCCUGGCACAACUGCACCUGGACUUCCUGCUAAUUCAAGUAUCAUGUCCACCAUGAGUCCUGCAUUAAAUGGUUGUGGGACAUCCAAUGCACCUAAUGAAUUUUUGAAAGCAACACCACCUGCAUUGGUAGCAUUUAUAGCCAAUUUGCCUGCUGUAGAGGGUCCGUCACCGGAUGUUGAUUUUGUAUUGUCAAUAUGUUUGCAAAGCAACAUACUAGUGGGGCAAAGUGGCAAAUCAGUAGCUCCAUCUAUGCAAUUGCAAGCUGGCCAUGCCCCGAGUACAAGUGACCUUUCUGGAUCAAGCAAGUCUCAUCCCAUUCCAAGUGGUUCGUCUUUCAAACAAGCAAGAGGCCGACUGCCUGGGAAAAGGAAAGAUUUGGAGAGGCAAGAUGAUGAAACUGCAACUGUCCAGAGCCAACCGUUGCCCAAAGAUGUUUUCAGAAUGCGGCAAUUACAAAAAGCUCGAGGUGGUACUGGUUCACAAACUGGAUCAGUAUCAUAUGGAAGCGCACUCUCUGGAGAGCUAUCUGGUAGCACUAGCUGAUGUAUUGUAUAUUAUUCUUAUAUUAAUUUUCCCCAGAAAAUAAAUGGUGUAUGAUUAUUUUAUUCAUUUAUUUUAUUUAUGAUAGUCCAAUACUCAUUUAUUCAGUGUUGUUUUUUAGAAUAGAAUAAGGGAAUUACAAAAAGCUCAAGGAGAUACUGGUUCACAAACUAGAUCAGUAUCAUGUGCACAAUUGGUUAUUUUAUCUAUGAUGUAGCGUGAUAAUCAUUUUUUUCCUA